AUGGGUGUCUCCAUUGAAUCUAAUUACUUACCAUCUAGAGGUUCUUCUUGGACUGGUCUUAGUAUAUUCGAAAUGGACAUAAAUCAGUUCGAAGAAGCUCUCCCGAAGUUCAAUUCGCUUCUCUUAGAACAUCUAUCUGCUCCAAUAUUCAAAAAUUAUAUCAGAAACAGUCUGAUUUCGCCAUACUCAUAUACUCGAAUAGAGCGAGCCCCGAAACGUGUCGAUACAAUAAAUACAAAUCCAUUGAACAAAUCAAGCUGGAGUUGGUUGUCAGCAGAAUUCACGAUACAUUAUGAUAACUUCUAUCGCGUGCCGCUUUUCUCGUUUCGUCUCGAUCUGCUGUUGGUCGACUCAAACUCGUACUGUGCUAUCGAUAUCCACCCAAUUCUCCAAAAUCCAUGGAUUUACAUGCAUCCAUGUGAGACAAGCUCGACUAUGGAUGGAAUUGGGUGGACCGAUGAUGUGGACUACUUGGUAAAAUGGAUUGGGAUGGUGUUUCUGAUGGUUCUACCGGAUAUUCAAAUGAGGUAUAUAGUGCAAUGA